ACCCGGCAGGUCAAGAUGGCGCUGGCGGUGGGAAUGCGCGUCCUGACGCGUUCCCUGCUGCGACCCUGGGUGCGUGUCCCCGGGACGGCCCCCGGGCGGACGGGGCCGGCGGCCGGCGGCGGGGACGGCGUGCGGUGCUUCGGGAGCCCGCGGGUGCUGGUGGAGCCUGACCCGGCGGCAGGGUUCGCUGUGAUGAAGAUGAGGAACCCGCCCGUGAACAGCCUCAGCCUGGAGUUCCUGACCGAGCUGCUCAUCGGCCUGGAGAAGCUGGAGAGCGACAAGGCCUUCCACGCCAUCAUCCUCACGUCGGACUGCCCCGGCAUCUUCUCCGCCGGCCUGGACCUGACGGAGAUGUGCGGGAGGGACCCCACGCACUACGCUGAGUACUGGAAGGCGGUGCAGGAGCUGUGGCUGCGGUUCUACCUGUCCCAUCUGGUGGUGAUCUCGGCUAUCAACGGAGUCAGCCCCGCUGGGGGCUGCCUGUUGGCCCUCUCCUCUGACUACCGGGUCCUGGCUGACAACCCCAAGUACGCCAUCGGGCUGAACGAGACUCUGCUGGGCAUCAUCGCCCCCUUCUGGUUUAAAGACACGCUGGUGAACACUGUCGGGCACCGCACCGCGGAGCGUGCCCUGCAGCUGGGCCUGCUCUUCCCGCCCACGGAGGCACUCCAGGUGGGCAUGGUGGACCAGGUUGUGCCCGAAGACCAGGUGCAGAGCGUGGCGCGGUCGGUGCUGUCCCAGUGGCUGGCCGUCCCCGGCCACGCCCGGCAGCUGACCAAGAGCCUGAUGCGCAAGCCCACAGCCGACCGCCUGCUCAAGGAGCGCGACGCGGACAUCGAGAACUUCGUCCGCUUCAUCUCCAGAGACGCCAUCCAGAAGGCCCUGCGCAUCUACUUAGAGAAGCUCAAACAGAAGAAAAGCUAAGGGCGGGGCUGCCUGCCCGGGGCUUGUGGCCGGAUGC